AUCGCUGGGCGGAUCAGGCAUGUCACUACCAAGCAUGCCCUACCAUCACUCGGCCACAUCAGGGGGUGUACAUCACCCCCAUCACCAAGCACCCUCCCACCACACCCAAUUCCAGGACUGGAGCUCGGCCGCUUCGGCAGCAGGGUCACGUGGUCUCCACUCCGGGGGCGUGGCCCCUCACACACCGACUUACCGCAUCUACCCCCCUGCGGCGCACCACACUCCGACACACUCCGAUUACAUCUCCCCACACGACUUGGACCUCAUCAAGUCAUCGGGGACCGGCAUCGGUGGCGGCGGCGGUGGGGGAGGAGGAGGAGGAUCGCCCCCUGUGACCGCGUCCAGUCCGCCAAUCGUGUCGCCCACGGCACUGGGGCACCACCAGCAAACGACAAACUGUGCGGAUGAUCUCACGAUAAAAGGCAGCCCAGAUAGUAAUGGAAACGUACCUGGAGAGCAGGGAGGCUACAAACAACUCGACCUGACGGCCAAACCUCGAAAGGAAAGGACAGCGUUUACCAAGGAACAGAUACGAGAACUCGAGAACGAAUUCAACCACCAUAACUACUUGACGAGACUUCGACGAUACGAGAUCGCCGUCACACUCAACCUCACAGAGAGACAGGUGAAAGUUUGGUUCCAGAACCGCCGCAUGAAAUGGAAGCGCUGCAAAGGAGCUCGUGAACGAGAACUGGCCGAAAAACGUCUGCAAGCUAUGGAGGUCAAACUUGGAUUACCACCCGGAAGCUCUAGUGGACUCAACAAUACCCUUCCGGGUAACCUGGCCAACGCAAGCAGCAUCAUCUCAAAUCACAGUUCGGAUAGCGCCUGUGGUUUAGACAACGGUUCGGACGCGAGCAAUUACGGCGGUUCGGAUAAUGGAGACCCGAAUAGUCCGCCUCACCCGCGGUUAGACCGAAUAGACAUAAAGGAAGAUUAUGACUGAGCGUGGAUGAUCGCAUCAACUCCAUCAAGAACAUUUUAGAGAGAGACAUGAUACCCCAUGCAUCAUGCUGAGACUAUGUUUUAAAAUAGAGCAUCACAGGGUUUUAUGUAGACUUAAUGCAUGACGGGGAGAAAGUCUUGCCAUUUUCAAGAAUUUGUGGAGGAUGUUUACUAGUUUGUAUGAUGGAAGCUUUAUAAAGACUGUGAAUUUGCAAGAGGAACUGUCCAAAAAAAAAGAUGGUCAAUAAGAGUCGUGAAAGUGAAAGUCGGGAAAACUAUUGCAAUGGCCAAAAUGGCGGUUGAGUGACAUAAAGAUGAAUCCUUGUGAGAUUUGUUUUUGUUACUAUCUAUGAAGAAAACAAAUCUUUGAUUUUAUGCUAGCUAGCUAUUAUCAGAAACCACCCUACACCAAAGUAUCGAAGUUAACUCGACUGUACUAUACAAGCCAGUACUAAUUUGCACAAAGUACAAAAACGGGAAAUCGUUGCCCCCUCCCUUCCCCGACACUUUGGUCUGGCCGUAUUGGUUUGAAAAUGGCACCUCGUUUCUGAGGUCGCAAUGUAUGUAGCAAUAUAACAUUUUGUAGAAUUUGGCUGAGAUUACAGGGGGAAAAAAACCUGUUUAAAAAAUUCAAAACAGAGCAUUGAUAAGUGUAUAAGACGUUUUCCAUUUCAACAUUUUUGAAGCUGAUGAUUUGGCUGAGAUAAAUUUGGCAGAUGAUUGUUGGCUUUGUUGCGUUGUCGCAUGCACAAAUUUGUAGUACUUACAUAUUCUAGAGGAUGAAUAACAUUCAUUCCGCUUUGCUCCUAGGAUGUAGUACUGUGAACUUAUUAAGUUACUUUCUUUGUAAUGUUCUUUGGUUAUGUUGAACUUUACAUUCACCCGUCGUUGGAGAAAUCAAUUCUCAGAUAACAAGGGAAAUUAUAUCAAAACGUCUUCUAAAAUAUAGGUACCAUUAAAAUGAAACGUUUGAUACACCUUCUCAAUUCGUCAUCAUCAUAACUAUGAUAUAUUACAUGGUAUGAUUAAAUUCGUUAUGAUUUUAUUGUUGAGAAGAUCAACCUCAACCCAUACCUUGAGUUAGAACGAGAAGACAAUUAGCUCUUUAUAAAGAAACUUGUCGUUUCAUUCUGUCAUAAUUAUUGACUUUAAAAAAAAUCAUAUUUGAUAUUUUUUUCUACACCCUCUCAAACUCGAGUGGUUUCUUCUUUUUAUCUUUUGUCUUUUGAUUUUUUAGAACUGGAUAAUGAAAAACUUGAUUGUGGAAAUUUGUUACUGUUUAAAAUACAUCGAAUUGGUCAAUAUAGUUUGGCCCAUUUUUAAUUACGUCUGGUUUAAGCAUGAUGUAAAAGGAUUGUCCCGAAAUGAAUUUGAUGCGUAAUGGAUGUUGACACAAUCAUCAUCUGUUUUGUAGCAUAGACCUAUUUAUAAAAAAAAUACGAACCAUUUUUUAUUAGAAAAAGAAAUAAACAAAACUAAAAACAAACAUGUGAAAUAUGACCAAGAUCAGCGAGAGACAGUGUAGACCCUGACGUAACAAACGAAUAAAGAACACGGAAUGAUUACAAGAGGAUCAGAAUUUGCAAUAUAAUGUACAUCAGUAUAUAAAAGGUCAUAGUACUUAAAAGUUGUAGUACUUUAUUGAAUACUGUCAUAACAUAAUUAUGUACUAACACAAAGAUAAAUCAAUGAAUAAUGUUUGGGCGUUGAUAUCUCUCAUUUACCAUCAGUUGGGAAAUCGCAUUAUGAUCAUGAAGACAUGUGAUUAGAGUCUUCCUGAUGUGGCACAGAAAAAAAGUAAAUAAUUAAAAAACACAGCCCCAAAGAAGCUAGAAACCAAACCCAAUUAAGGCCGAUUGAGGGAUAUAUAGAUCAUUGUUUUAGAACAAAAAAUGCCGCAUUUUGUUUUGACCUGCUGUUAUUGGAGCGUUCACGGAGAGCCCUGUUAUUUUUUCCGUUGCUUGCAAAUUUGCUCUGAAACAAUCAGUUGCCUGUAUUUCAGUACUUUAAUAACAAUUGAAAUUCAAUGGCAAUUGUGAAAAUUUGCCUCAUGAAACUUUCUCAAGAUGAGCGGCAUAAUAUGCGAUUGGAUAAUCCUUAGAACAGAAGUACUAUCACUGUGAAUGAAAUAAACAGUUUGUUCCUGAUAUACAAAUAAUUAUGUUAUACGAAUUUUAAAAGUAUGUUUAAAAACGAGAUAUCUCUGUAAUCUUUUGAUGGGUUUGAGACGCAUCGUGAUAUAACAUGUAUGCAUAAUAAUGUGUUAUAUCAACCUACUAACAUGACCAAUGCUGCUAAAGUCAGACCAACGAAAUCACUUCCAAUCCGACAGAUGAUAUGUAAUUCGAUUGACGUAACAAUAGCUUUGAUCAAUCUGGGUUGGUUUUGUUGGUGUGACAUUGCCAUGUGAAAAUCUCUUUUUUUGCGUCAUUUGUCAUGUUUGAUGGUGUCGUCAAGUUUAAAGUAAAAAAGACCCCUUCAUUGGUGAUUUGAACAAAACUUGACUUUCGAAAUAAAUACAAGGAAUUGGCAUCAGGGAAGGACGAUAAAAUCAUGAAGAAAAAGGUAAAACAACUAUCGUCAAGUGAGUAGGCCCACCCACUCACUUGUUUCAUUUUUAAAUGAAAAACCUUUCUAAUCACAUUAGUCCUAUACACGUAAUUCGGAUAUGCUGUAGAUGAUAUAAAGAUAUGCACAGAACUAUAUAUGCAGCCAAAACGGGUAAGAAAGAAACUCCAUCAUAAUUUUGUUGGAGUUGAACUACUUAGAGCUUUUUGUUUUCGAAUAAACAAUGAGCUGAAAUGAAUCUUACAAAUCUUGCUCUUUAUAUCGACCGCGAGACACUUAACAGAAAGUACAAAAUGUGGAAGAUAAAAUGGAUAUCGUAUGAACUAUUCAAGGAAUACAGGCACUGCAAGUCCGUACGGUACCUGAUGUGUAUAUGAAAACUGUAGAAUGUAUUGUACAGUAAUUAUUGUCGUCCAGAUUUAGGGCAUAUUGUUUAUACAUUUACCAGUCGUUUGCUGUUUGACACAUGUUUUUGUUCUAAUAGUGAUGAUAAAACACGAUGUUGGAAAUUAAACUUAUUAUGUGACAACA